CUUUAAUAUGUAUUACUAUCAAAGAAAAGUACGAAGCUGACGGAAAUGUUGCUGAUUCAUAAUCUGUGUAUAAGAAUACCCAAGGAAUGUUUCAAGUAUCAGAAAGUAACGAAUCAUCAUUAUGUUAAAAAUUGAUUUAGUUGUUCGUAUCUUAAGAUAAUGCUUGUAAAUUUUUUAAUUAAAUAUCAAGUAAACGGGGUUGAAUAGUUUGUUAUUGUGUGACGUAACCUGUUUCUCACACAUUCAUCAAGAGAUUACGUUGUCAUGCGUUAUUACUGGUUCGAAGUUCGCGUGCUUUUCUUAUCACGUUGUGAUUUGUAUUUUUUCUGACGGUACUUCCUUGUUUCUUUGUUAGUAUCAGCGUAAUGUUCGAGUUCUGCCAAUGUAAUUUACAUAAUAUCUACUACGUCUCAUUACCACAGUUAGUGAUUUCAUCGAGUUACCUUCUAAAAUUUAGGUAACUUUUUCUAUUAUAAUCACAAAGAUGCUUGAAAGAGGAAACUAUAAUAGCGCAACUACUACUCUUGUGAAACGUCAAAUUCGAAAAGAUGAAUUCGUUUUUGAAAACAGUCAAUCCAAUGAUGAACAAAAGAAUUGUAUUAAUCAGAGAAUCGUUGCAAAAGCAGUUAAAUAUCAGCGUGAUGGAAAUGCAAAGUGCACCAGGAGUGGAGGAAAACGAUACAGUUGGCAAUUGCGACGAAAGUAUGACCCUGUGCUCCGUUUUGGAAGCUAUCUUCCUACAUGGAUUAAAAGACAGUCUUUUAAAUCGAGUAACAGAAGUUUUAAGCGGCCCGGAUUUCAAUGCAGUGCCACAGCCAAGUUUUUGGGGUCCACUGUUGGUAUUUUCACACCGACAAAUUAUAGAUCAAAUACAAACAUUAAGUCAGCUUACGACAGAAGUUGGAUAUUGCAGAGCUUGGAUACGAUUAGCUUUAAACGAAGGCCUUUUAGCUAGCUAUUUUUGUUCCAUUAAAAGAGAUAAUUCAGCUUUAAAGCCAUACUACAAUCGAUCUGCAUUCAUUAGAGAUACAGAUCUUGUUGAAGUUGCACAGAGACUAAUUGAAAGUUUAGAUAACAUAUGCUUUAAACUAGCUUGUAAUAGUAGCUUAUUAAAUUUUUGGUCAAAUACUCCUCUUCUAUUAGCAGGCAUAUGGUCACCACCAAUGAAAUCUUGUCCGAUAUUUAGUGCAGUAGAUAUUGCAAAAACAAUAACUACAGAAUUAACAGAUGGUGACAAUUUUGAUGAAGUUGAAACUGCUAGUUCUAUUGGUAGUUUAGGUUCAUUUAAUUCAUCACAGUCCGCUCUUAAUAAUGCAGGUUGUAUCACAGAAGAUGAAGCUUUAAAAAUUAUACUAGCUAAUAAGAAAUCAAAUAACAUUGGUAUAGAUCAUUUAACCAAUAAUUCAAGAGGAACUCCGUCUUUGAAGGAGGAAGAAGAAGAACAAGAUUUACGAACAGGAGAAGAAAUAGAAAAGAAAAUUUUAAAUAAUGACAGUCCAAAAUAUAAUGCAGAAAUUAAUAUAUGCAACAAUAUUGAAGAUUUGGAGGUUGGACAUAUUGUAGAGAAUCAUGAAACGUUGCAAAAUAUUGUUUCAACUACAGUAGGGAAUUCAUUAAUUGGAAGAUUGGGUUGGUCUACGUCAUUUGAAGAUUGUGAAUCUUCGUUAACUUCAUCUGCAGUAUCUCAUGACUCUGGAACAAAUGCAGCUCGUACUCCUGGUGAUGGACCUACGUAUGAUGCAAUUAUUCAAAGCUAUCAUACUGUUGGAAAUGCAUCAGUCCUAGAUCUUCAAGAAUUUUUAAAAAAAUAUCCAAAAAAGCAACAAUCUAAUGAUGGAAUCAAAAUUCAAUCAGAAAAUAAAACUGCAAUAAAUUUUGACGAACAACUGGGCAAACUUCCCAAAGAGGAAGGUUUGGAUGUACAGGAUUAUAGUUGUUUUGAAUGUGGCCAUGCAAUUGGUCUGACCUUUUCAAAAGCACAUGUUUGCUCUUUCUCUGGUAACUAUUAUUGUUUAAACUGUAUGUCACAAAAUGAAUAUCUAAUUCCAUCACGAGUAAUUCAUAAUUGGGAUUUAAAAUGUUACCCUGUUUGCAAUAAGGCUGCAGCAUAUUUACAAGAUUGUCCUACGCUACUAGAUCUUAAAGUCUUAAAUCCACGAAUUUAUAUGGCUGUAGAUAGUAUGGCACAAUUACAAUCAUUAAGAAUUCAAUUAAAUUUAUUAAGAGCUUAUUUAUUUACAUGUCGUGAGCCUAUAAUCGAGUCCUUACAGAAAAAAGUUGCACCUAGAGAUUACUUGUAUGAACAUGUUCAUCAAUAUUCUGUUUCUGACCUUUAUGAUAUAUCCAAUGGAAUUCUUGCACAACAACUGCAGAAAGUAGUAGAAUUUGCAAGAAAUCAUGUUAUAAAUUGUUGGCUUUGUAGUCAGAAAGGUUUUAUAUGUGAAAUUUGCAAUAAUCCAAAAGUUAUUUAUCCUUUUGACAUGGAAUCUACAUACAGAUGUGGAGCCUGUAAUGCAGUAUUUCACACAGAAUGUUUAAAUGCUUAUAAACCAUGUCCAAAGUGUGAACGGAAACGCAAACGAAUGGAUCUCCCGCUCCUAGAUGUGGGAUGUACAGAAUUGUCACUGAGUGAUGCACCAACAUUUUCAGUUGAUAUAAACUAAUAAAUAGAAUUUUUAAUAAA